AUUGGAAUUAAUUAUUCAUCUAUUCACUCCCAUUCUCCUUUGAUUACCUUCCAUUCAUGCAUAGCAUCGCGAAGAAUAAGAAGACGAUUUCUUGAGUUCUCAAGAAAAACAACAAGAAUGAGUUAAGCAAUAAGGAAAUUGAGCCACGUCAAAGCAAAUUGUCCUAGAUUGAGGAAGAAGCCUAAGAAGUAAAAGCUUUUCAAAGCUGCUUUGAAUGGUUCUUUGGACUCAGCUUAUUGGAUUGGAACGCUGUCCUCUGAACAGUGUAAAAUUGAACACUGCCAGAUGCUGGCAAUUCUGGUAUUGUUGGAGUUGGUGUUGUAAUUGGAGAUCAUAAUGAAGAUUGACAAUGGGAUUCUGUUCUUCAGAUUGUUAAGCAAUGGGCAGUAGUAUAUCAAUAUGCAGGGACUUAGAUUGGCUUGGGACGAAGGGUACAAGCAGGUAAUGGUAGAAGUGGCUUCACAGUCUGUUAAAAAGAUAUGAUACAGUGCAAUGAAGAAGGGUCGUCUCACACAACCAACUUUAAACUCAUGCCACUGAGUGGGAUGUUAGAAUUUCCAGAUAAGAGACGCUAAGGCAAUAGAAUAGCUAGAUUUCUUGGCGAACUCGGGUUGUGCUUGUGCGGGACACCAAUGAGUUACUUUAAUGGAAGACCCUGCUGCUAUAAGUGAUGCUUUUGUAGCAAGUUUGGCUGAUGUUCAUGGUUUUACAGCAUUAAUUUUACUUAUUGUCAUGCGUUAUGGUACCCCUCUUUUGCAGAAAUUAUGCGCUAUCAGCCAUGUCGAAAAAGAGUGUACAAGGCUGAGAAGCUGCUUUGGGCAAAUUGGACCUUGAAAAAUAGUUGAGGGGCCAAAUUGACCUUAAGCCGAAGAAAGGAAAGGGAAUAAUAUAACAGUAACAAAAGAAAGAGGAAACAGAGCAUCUUCUCUUAUUAUUUCUCCUUUAAUUUCUAUUUGACUUUGAAGCACACAUCACAGCUUACCAAACAAUACGCAAUCUCUCUCUCUCUCUCUCUUUCUCUCUUUCUCUCACUCUCUCUCUAUAGCCAUGAGCCUUUUUGGUCUGGGAAGGAACCAAAGGACAUUUCGCCCCAAAAAGAGUGCACCAUCAGGAAGUAAGGGUGCGCAACUUAGAAAGCACAUUGAUGCUACCCUAGGUAGCGGAAACCUGAGGGAAGCUGUAAGACUUCCUCCUGGGGAGGAUUUGAAUGAGUGGCUCGCCGUGAAUACUGUAGAUUUCUUCAACCAAGUGAAUCUUCUCUAUGGUACCCUCACAGAGUUCUGUACUCCUGAGAACUGUUCUACAAUGUCUGCAGGCCCCAAGUAUGAAUAUAGGUGGGCAGAUGGGGUUCAGAUAAAGAAACCUAUUGAAGUUUCUGCUCCAAAAUAUGUUGAAUAUUUAAUGGACUGGAUUGAAGCUCAGCUUGAUGAUGAAUCCAUAUUUCCUCAAAAGCUAGGUGCACCAUUUCCACCCAACUUCAAAGAGGUUGUUAAGACAAUAUUCAAACGGCUAUUCCGUGUAUAUGCUCAUAUUUACUACUCUCACUUUCAGAAAAUUGUGAGCCUUAAGGAGGAAGCCCAUCUGAACACAUGCUUCAAGCAUUUCAUACUAUUCACCUAUGAGUUUGGAUUAAUAGACAAGAAGGAGCUUGCACCUCUCCAGGAGCUCAUCGAUUCCAUAAUCGUUCCUUACUAAAUGGCAUCUGUCAAUCUGAAGAAAGAUCUUAUAUGAGCAAUACAUGUUAUAACCACAUACGUACUACCUACUAGAGAUGCAAGGACCGCUGGAUAAUAUCAGCGAUUAAUAAUUUCACUUUAGUGUCUGUACUAUUUUCAGAAGUUGUGUUAUGUGAAUUGUGUUUUCGCCGAUUCUAGUUCUUUUCAUUAGGUACAUUUAAGUAUGAACUUUUUGCAAGAAAACAAUUGCUGGAUGGAACUUCUAAAUUUUAAUGCUGAAAACUAGCUUUUUGUUUUUCAA